AUGAGAUCUAUUAAUAAAAAAAGAUCCUCCGAAGUAAUCGAAAAAUUCGGUCUCACAAAAGGGGUCUACGAUCUUUUUGCACAGUACCAAAACUUAGCGAGAGUCAAAGACGAGACCAAAAUGAUGAUGACUAUCCCUAAAAUCCCUUAUCUUACACAAGCAAAACUGCAGCACUUCAUCGACGAGAGGAAGCCUUAUAAGGAUAUAGCAAAGCACAUUCCUAUUUCUCAGGUCGAAGAACUUCUAGACGAGUAUGUGCCGACCGCUGUCAUGCGAACGGCACUAGGCCCAGCAGCUGAAGACGUGAUCUGAAGGAUUUAUGCUUACAAACUUAUUGUGAUCCCUGAGUUCUUAGAAGUCACUUCAAAAGAGCUGCUAAACUUGAUGAAUAUUACUAGGCAGCAGAGAAACGCGAUGGUGAAGUCUUAUGUUGAUAUGAUUCAAACGCUAAUUAUGUACUGGUUAGGUUAA